GAUUCACCGUUUCUAGAAAUCUAACCAUCCCCUCUCUUGCUUAAAGCCAGGUGGGGUUGGAGGAAGAGCACCCCAUAGAAAUUUAAACAGCUUUGGAUUUUGCUUUGCCAGAUAGGUAGAGCUUUGGAAACUUCGCGAAUUGACUACUACCUUAGGGAGCUGUCCUGUGGAAUUCUUUCUUGCAGGGACCCUAAAGAUCAGAACAGGUCAAUGGGUCCCCACAACAGAUAUUCAGGGUUACUGUUGUCGCUGUUGUUGUUGUUGUUGUUUUUGUUGUUGUUCCUUUUUCCUUUGAGGUUGCCUAAUUGCUUUUUUAAUAGUAUGCUGGGGUUUUGUUUCUCGGAAUCAAAACAGGAAAGUUCAUUUUUCUCUUGCCAGACCCACCCACUGAAAAAAAAUCAGCUUUCCACUCGAUUGCUAGUUUUGAUUUGACAUUUGAUUGAUCACCUGUCAUCUCACUGCCUUUGAUCUAUUCAUUCUGAUAUAUAUCAAUAAAUCACUCACCAUGGUAACUCCGAGUGGCAGUGACGCAGGCUUUGCCCUCUAUAUUCAGAGAGAGAGAAAUGCACAAUCAUUAUCUUGUUGGUUUUUAAUGUGGGCGUUUUUAUUUCUUUGUGUCCUUUAGUGGAUGGGGCUUUAGCAAAAGUUUAAGUUUCGCUGGCUCCCCUGUGCUCUUCUCUCUGUCUUUCUCCUCUGACUUUGAGCAGCAAUGGGGAAGACUGAUCUGGAGACCACGGCUAUAUUUCAUUCUGCUCUAACUUGAGUCAAACACCGGAGAAGUCCCUAGGACACUUGGGUAAACUUUGCAAAGUCACCAAGAAGUGAGUUAGGAAUGUGGGGAAAGCGGGUGUACCAGUGUCUGAACGUGCUGGCUACCAAGUUCAUAAUGCUUCACUCCUGCCUGAUUGCAUCUGAAACAUCACUACAUGUGCUCCAGAAAAACCAGUUCCCUUCCUCCUGAGUGCAGAAUCGCUUCCUCGGCCAUGUGUAGGUCGCUCUGAGUAGCUUUCUUAUAAAGCUUGCAUUCACGUAUUUUCAAUUGUUUCUCUAAGAACAAAAUAAUGAAAAUAUUCUCAGCAACACAGUUGGCAACUUGUCUAGGCAGGGGUUUUCUCUUCUCGACUCUGGUUACCUCUUUUGGAAACAAUAGCUCUCUUAUUUUAUUGUAUCUUUUUAACUCGCCUGGCUUGGCUAGCUGACCAUGUGAGGGUGUGUGGCGGCCUUCAAGACUUCCUAAGAGUUGGCCUGGCCUGCUGCAUCCAAUGCUGGCCCCACAAGUUCAAGUGUAGCUGGAUCAUCAGAGAUGGCGUCCCUGUUGUCCUAAAAGAGAGCCCCGGGCUGCUGUCCAGCUGCAAUGAUACUGUCCUGAAAUACUACUGUUUUCUUUUGUUUUGUUUUGUUGUUUUUUUUUCCCCUUCCCUUCCUUGUAGCUCUGGUAAAGGCCGUCAAGAACUAGGCAGCAAUUUAAAUUAGCAGAAUGACUGGCCAUGUCUCCUUUCACAAGCUCAUUACAAAAAGUGCCUUGCUCAGGAUUGCCGUACUUAAAUUAUAAUUACACACUGAUCAAUGGAGAUCCAGGUGUGCGGAAAAUAACACUGUAUCGCAUUAUUUAAAUUAGAUCCUUUCCUUAAGCUAGUAUCUAUUGGUGUUGGCUACUUUUUUUUAAUUGUAGUAGUCUCUGUGUGUGUGUGUGUGUGUGUGUGUGUGUGUGUGUGUGUGUGUGUGUGUAACUUGUGAGUAUACUUUCAGUUUUCUAGUCCUUUGGAUCCUUAGUUGUCUUUGCAAGACUGUUUCCAUGACUCUCAUUAUGUUCCUUAGAAGGAACAGAAAUCCUUUUCCAGCCGAGAUGGGGUAAUUCAUUUCCUACACAGUGAGUUCCCCUGUUCGGCGGUAUUUAUCGGUUCACAUAUUAGGAAGAUGGGUUUUGUUUUUCCUGUGGUCUUUCUUCUGCUCAUCCGAGGUCACUAAUGCCCGCUUUGUUUUAGGAUGUGAGUGAGGCUAAGUUAGCUGAGAUUCCUCAGCCAGUUACCAUGCGGGGAAGGGAAGGGGUGCCUCUCAGCCUGUAGCUCUGCGAACUUUUAUCACUGCUUAAAAUUAAAUACAAUGCACAACUGUAAGUGAUUACUCCUGAGGACUGAUGUUGAAAGCUUGAUUCCUAGUUUGAUUAAUGAAUAAUACAAGAUAGAAAAAGCCUGGAAGUGGACCAGGGCUGACGCGCUCCUGGAACCCUCUUUCUCCAAAGAACUCUUGCAAGCUAUUGAGUUUCUUUACACAAUUCUGCUUAAGGAUGGCGUUUCAAGACACUGGUGGCCGAAACUUUCUAAUAAAACAGGUCAUCUCAAUACAGCAAAGGACGGUAAACUAAGUGACAGGGAAUUUUAAUCUUUUUUUUUAAAUGACUCCCACUGCCUUAUAUGUAUGUCGGGGCCAGGGGAUAGACGUGUGGAACGCCGUUCUCUUCAAGUAAACAGCUGAGGGAAAACAUUUCUCUCAGAAAUAUUGCUGCUUCUCACUUUCCAAAAGCUUUACUUUGCCAUGGGGCUAGGACUUGGGGCCAGGAGGAAAGUUUGAAAGCAGCUUUCAUGAUGUAUGGGUGUGCUUGGCUCGCUCUCCUGACUGUAUGUUUGCUUUACCAUUCAAAUGCAUCUGCUCUUACCUGACAAUCUUCAGGAAUCUGCCCUGGCAUCCUUCCCCCCACGAGUUCAUUUCAGGAAAGAUAAAAAGACGACGGCAGGAAGGUUGAGCAGAAAGAAACCGUCUUGAUGUGUUCGUACAUUAAAGGAUGCAGAACACUUGGAUUUUUAAAAGAAAAACUGUAGGCAUGUUCUCUGACAAUACUUUCCCUAACAACCCUGGCCGUGUGGUUGGCGUACAUGCAUAGCGGGGCCUUUUCUUCAGCCGUAUACAAUUAUUUUUACGGUAACACCGGCCAGCCGCAAUGGAGCACGGAAUCUUCUGUAAUCACAUCCCUGAGAAUAUCUAACAGGCCUGUAAGUUACUUCCCCUGCCUCUGCUCACCCCAAGCCAUUCUGUGCUUUUUCUUUCUUUCUGGUGGACUUGCUGUAGCUUCCGGUAAUGCGGUCUUUCCUGUGGGGAAGCUCGCAGGAGAGAGCAUCUCCCUCCGUUUAUUUUGUUUAUUGAAGGCAGAGAUGAAUAAUUCAGAUUUUGUUUUCAUGGGUGUCCUCGUGUGGCGGUAAACAUCAGACUAUUAGCGAUCAUUACUUAAAAGUUGCAAUUUGCACCUUAAUAGCACAGGUUAUUACUUGGGAAGCGCAUUCAGCAGGGGCACGUCUACCUGUACUGCGUGGGAUGGGAACAGCCGAGAGGCCUCUUCUUCUACCUCAGGAUAGCGUCCAUUCUGGACAGAUGGGUGAAGUCCUCAAAAUCUAACUGACUGCACAGGGGCAGGAGCUGGUGGCUGCAGUGGGAGUGUGCCUUUAUUUAUUGGCCGGCAGGAGCCAGGAUGUUUUUGGGCUUUUGAUGUUCUUUCUUUGCUCAAACGUCCUUCAGGAAAAGCAGGUUUACGUCUUGAACUCUAAAAUGCCCCAUGUGGUGGGUCUCUCUGCUUCCUAGAAUGGUGUGGUUUUAAGACAAGUACACACAGACACAUAGACGCGUGUACACACACACACACAGACACAUGCACACAUAUAUAUACACAUACACAUACAUGCACACAGACACACAAACACACACACAGACACACAGACACAAACAUACAUAUACACAUACAUACACACAGACACACACACAUACACACACAAACACACACAUAGACACACACAUACACAGAUAUACAGACACACAGACAUACACACAUACACAUACAGAGACACACAGACACACACAUAAACACAGACACAGACACACACACGCGCGCGCAUGCAAGCUCACAGGGUUCCAGCAACAGGGGCUCUGAGUUAUUCUUGCUGUCUAAAGCAGAUUUCAGAGGACAGAGGACAGGUACCUAAGAAUGUCUUCCCCCUGAUCCUUCCUGUGGUCCUUUCCCCGGCUCUCUCUCCUGCCCUCCUCCUCCUCCAACCUCAGCUCACCCUUAAAGACCCAGAUUGAAUGGGACAUUUCAAAAGUGCAUUUGUUUUAGCCAUUUAUUGAUCUUAUUUUUAAUCUGCCACAUCAGGACCUAAUAUAUUAACCGUAAGCAGAGGAUUGCGAGCGGCAGAACUCUUGGCAGGGAGGAAAGGAGACGGCGCUGGGGAACUUUUUCAGGCAGUGAAAUCGCUGAAGCUUGUUUUGGGUGUGUGUCGGGGGUCAGAUGCUCGAGGGUACCUUUGGGAAGGGUAAAAAUUUUGCUCACAAGUACCUCCUCCUCCUCCUCUCCCCCCUCCUCCUCCUCCUCCUCCUCCUCCUUCUUCUUCUUCCUCUUCUUCCACUUUGUGUUUCUUGCUCUCAGUCGACUCGCUUCUGCUUGCUGCCUUUGGAGAAACUCCGCACUCCGUGGAUAACCUUCUAAGCAUCUUAAGAUUUAUCCCCCUCGUGUUUCGACUGUUGUCACCUUCUCCAGCCGAGGACCAGGCCUUCUCUCAUCCUUUCCAAUGUCCCACUCUUUGGGGGAGACUUGGGGGCACUCUCUCGAACCGGAGAACACCUGAGUUUGUCUGGGUUGGCCUAUUUCUCUCCCCAAGGCUUGGGACUACAGCGGCUCUUUACUGAGCAGGUCUUAGAGGGAGACUUGAGCUGGCAAUAUUUCAGGUCUUCGUGAUGAACCUUUUCUGGCCAUUGAUGCAACUAAGUAUAGGAAUAUCAGCCAAGGGGGAGAAAACCCCUAAACCUGGACUCUGUUCCUGUUUGCAUUAGGUCUGUGUCUUAAACAUCCAAACAGCAGCUUCUCCUGCAGGUUUGCAAAUCUGUGCACCUAGCAAUGCUUUGGGAAGACUCUUACUGUAGACGAGAGGAAGUCCCCGCGCCCACCCAGAUUCCCUUUGAAAAUUAGACUCACCUAUCAAACUCUGUAUUAAAACCAGGUACGAACAGAGUCAUUUUCAGUGGAUACACAGUCAGUUGGAAACACAUUAAACUAGCAGAGGAUGCCUCGGAUGGCUUCCCCGAAGCCGGGCUCCCUCAUUACAUAUGUAAUUACAAUCAAAUCGAAUGACUUUUAGGGGAAAAAAAUAUCACAAUGGUAUUAAGAGAUGCUUGGCACACAAAUAAAUGUAUUGCUUCUCAGGUUGAGAGCAUUGUCAUACUCUUAUUUCUUUGAGUGGAAUUUAUUUUAAUUUCUGUGAGUGUUGUGAUGAAAAUCAGAUUGCUUUUAUUAUCAUCUUUCAUCAGAGCUCAAAUGCCAUCCUAGCUGAGGCAGGGAGAGGAUCCUGUAGCCUCCCCCCACCCCAGUAAUUUGUAGCAAUUAGUACCAGAAAGUAAAAGACACUGUUUCGCAUCUCAGAAGUUCUGUUCAAAGUUAGAGGUUUGGGGAUGACCUUUGGCGAGCAGCUGAUCAGUCCUGAAGGGCCUCAGUCGUUCUACCCACGUUGAAAAAUCACCUUCCUAGGCCUGCUGACGUGGUAAUCUGGAUACUGAAUUAAGAGGGAAAAAAGAAGCAAAAACCCAAAAAUCGCUGCCUGUUGACAACAUUGUCUCAAAGAGCAUUGUUUUCUCUAGAAUGAGAAUUUCUUCUCCCCACCCCUCCCCACCUUUGACUCACUCCUGUUGGGACGUUUCUUGGGUGCAGGUGCGGGCACAGCAUUGACAAUGAUGGCUGAGUUCACCCACCAAGCCAUUAGGAAAUGUUGAUAAAAAUGGGAGACUUUAGAACCCGCCGCUGGGCUCCGUGAGCUGUCAGGACAGCGCCCUUGGGAACACACAGACCUUGCCUGUAAGUUGGACAGCAUCAGGGUCCGAUUCAGCAUGUGGCUGCGUUCCCAACACUCGGUUUUGUCUGAGGGCCUCUUACCAGACCACACCGACACGGGCACCGUGGACAGGGCGCUAAGUUGCAGAGAGGAACCUGAUGGUACGUUUCUUCCCAAAGUAAACUCUGUGGACGAUGUGACUAAAAAAUGUGGACAUCUCUGAAAAUCAUUAGCAUGGCCGUUUGGAAUUUCCCGUUGUUGCCUCUCUCCAUCUUCUACACUCUCUAUUGGGGUUGGGGUGGGUGGGUGGGGUGUCCCCUGAGUAUCCUGAAAUAUCCCAAGAUGCCAAAGUCAUUCCCACAAUCAUCUGAAAUUUUAGAAAUUGAAAUGCAAAAGGCCCAGCUUACUGAGCCCAUUAAUACUAGAUAUCGGUGCCGUUUAGCUUUGCUGAGCAACGGGGAAAUGUACGAUACAGAAGUUUUAUUGCUAAUGAGCUCAGGGAAAUUACACAGGAAAAAAAAAUACCUGAAUCAGACGUGAAAGCAUUUGCUUUGAAUUCUGCUUGUGACUGAGAGUUCUCUUUCCACCUGUUUCAUUUAAAAAAAAAAAAAGAACACACACACGUACACACACACACACACACACACACACACACAAACACAAAACAAAUUCAGUGUCCCCAAACAAAUUCGGUGUGCCCCAUACUGACUCUCUGAACAGUGUCUAAUACUGUAUACUCCUCUACGGAUCUACAAAGAUAUCGGGACACCCGGGUGCAAAUGCCCUCUCAGAUAACCAAACAUGUAGCAGCCAUGGAGAGAGCCUAAAAGCCAGCCAGCUCACGGUUUGUGGUGUUAACUUGGGUGGACUGCAAGGCGAGGGACCAUCAUGACAAGGUACUGAUGCCUCUGCUCGCGAGUGACAAGCACUGGACCAGGAAAGCAGUUUAAGCAGGUUUCUACCUCUCCUGCAGCUCUCUGCAAAGAGAUGGGGAAGCUAUAGUGUCCAUCUGAGCUACAGGAAAGGCCCUGAGUCUCCACGAAGCUACCAGACACGAGGUCGGUGAGCUUUAAAAAGAAAAUAAAACCAGAAACAAACAGACAAAUGAAAGGAAAGCACCCAGCAAUUUCUGUUAGUACAAAAAUUAAGACUGGCGAGCUAAGUAGUAAAGUGCUUUCAGAACGGGGUGAAUAGCAACCGCCCGGGCCUCCUUAAAGCAGCACCGAAAGCCGUUUCUGUGGAGAUCACAGGGUUUCGCUAUUAAGGUGAGAGAAAGCAGUUAUUGUUUCUAGGGAAAAUAGUUAGGAAAGGCAGGAUGAGAUUUAAGGGAGAGAGAGAGAGAGAGAGAGAGAGAGAGAGAGAGAGAGAGAGAGAGACUUGGCAGCUGCCGUUCUGCUGCUAGUGAAUUUCCGAGAAGCUCCCCUGACGCAGCACUGGAUCACGAAAGGCUCCACGAAAUCUGGUGACACCGGAGAUAUGAAACCGAGACCGGGGGGUCAAGGUUGUCCAUCGGGGAUAAACGACUUCUGUAAGCAAGAGCCACGGCAGAUAAAUGUUUCUGUGUAAGCUGCGUGGGGCUUGCUUUAAAUCACCCCAGUUUAUCAGAUCCUUGGGAUUUUCUGUGUGUUUAGGAGCCUUCCCUCUUAGCCUCCAGGGAGACAGGAAUAGCAGUUGGGCUAAGGAGAAGAAGAGUUCAGUCUCUUCCGCUCGCACCGCCACUUGGUAGAGGGGAAAUGGCAGAAGAAAGGCUCUCCACGUGUUUUACAUCGGCGUUGCCUCCGGCUAUUUUCCUUUAUUAGAAGGUUGGGUUCCGCGCCUCGCGCAACUUCUCCUGCUCAUCUCUGGGAUCUGAUUUUCAAGUGCGGAUGGAGUGGUGGAGGAGGAGGGAGUGACUGGGUUCCGGAGGUGGCUUGUUCCCUUUGUUAACUCAUGCUAGGAUCUCCAAGUCUGUUCCUUGUGAGCCAGGUAACUCCUUAGGCGGCUCGCAUUUCUGCCUCUACUUGCCAAUCUACAAAAUGGGCCCAUCAUCUAUUUACUUAUGUCUGGAGUUUGCUGAGAAUAUUUAAUAAACAUGGGCUGGAAAAAGUACUCAGAACCUAUCGGUACCACUGGGAUUUGAGCAAAUGGAGUCUCUUCCUUCUCCAUAGCCAAGCCAGGGAAUAUCAUGCAAGAAAGAAGUUGAGUAGACACUCCCUGGUUACCAAGUAUUCGAUGGUCUUAGGAAUCAAAAGAAAUUAGAUGUGGUUAUUUUUGAAGGGUUUCGUUUUUAAUGAGUGCAUUCUGUGUGUAGGGGAAGGCAUAGGUGUGCACAUGAGAGAAUGCUGGAGCCCGAGGAGGCCAGAAGAGGGUGUCCUGUCCCCCGAAGUGGGAGCUCGAGGCAGUUGUGAGUCACCACUGUGGGUGUGGAAAUAAAAUUCAGGUCCUCUGCCAGAGCAGUGUGGUGCACCAAAUGCAGAACCCUGUCCCAAGUCCCGAGACACUGGUUCUUUUUGACAUUUAAAAAUGGAAUCUUAGGGGGUAAAAGGAUGACUCAGGGGUUAAGAGCAGAACUAGAGUCCGGUUCCCAGCACCUGCAUCAACUUGCUCAGGACAGCCUGGAACAGGCCCGUGGGAUCUGAGGCUUCUGCUUCCCUGUCAGGCCAAAUGCACUCACAUGCACCACCCCCCCCCCACACACACACACAGACACAUAAUAAAUAAUUUUUUAAAAAAUAUACAAACUGAGGGUUGGGGAUUUAGCUCAGUGGUAGAGCGCUUGCCUAGCGAGCGCAAGGCCCUGGGUUCGGUCCCCAGCUCCGAAAAAAAAGAAAAAAAAAUAUACAAACUGGAACUCCAGUGGCUGGGGAGAGCUUAGCUUGCAAUGAGUUUCAACAUGCUGGUCUACUUAGAGCGUGAGGCCAGCCCAAAAAAAAUAUAUUUUCCAAGGAAUAAGAUUUAUUAUAGACCCAACCAUAACGGCAGAGGUAAUGUCAUCUGCCACCUCACGAAUGCCUGUGGUAUCCUAGGUGUUGUACCAAGUGCUUCAUGUAUCAUAGGUAUUCACGCACAUUCGUAUAUAUUUGCUUGAACAGCAACUGAAUUUUGAAUUCCUACUCUGUGCUGGACCUUGUUCCGGUAGCUGGGAUCUAGCAGUAAAUAGGAUGGGUCCUCUGCCUGGAAACUUGUGGUCCAGCUCAGGGAGGCAGAAGAACAUUCAAAUCGUUUUACACAGGAGAAAAUCUUCUUUCGUGGAAAAAAGAAACUACACAUGGCAAAGCUCUCCGCAACAUUGUUGCGACCGUGAAGUCAGGAAGCAGGGAGUUGGAAGGGUGAGCAUGCGGGUGGCCAAGGGCAACCUUGUAGGGGCGGGGGGACGGAAGUGAGCAAACUCUUUCUUUCUUACAAAUCCUCAUGGGCUGGAAGUCAUGAUAGUCCCUGGUCCCCGAGCAGGAUCUACUGAACCUAGGUCAAGCCAUAGCCAAACUGUACUGAAAGCCGGCUCCCUGCAUUCCGAGGCCUCUGCAGCCCAUAUUGCGAAAGCUAGUCUAGAACGGCCACAGCAGUGAUGCAUCAAAGACAAUGCUUAGCUCUUCCUCAUCCUCCCUACACCCGAGGUUACAGUUAAUAUACAGGGAAGACAAGAACAUUGGCUGUCCUCAGUAGUGUAGACAUGUGGCACAUCCGGGUCAGCCACUGUCCCACAGGCAUGACUUAGACUCCCGGUGCCAUGUGUUACCCUCAAUGCUAACCAUGGCUGCAGGUUAAACGUUAGGGACAGACAACUCCCUGUCCUCACACAGAUAAGAUUCUUGAGACCAGGAAAUGAAUUGCACAGAGAAAUAUACAAUACGAUGUUGGAUGGCUAGGCACAGAGUGGGAGUUGACAUUUCUUCCAUGCAGAAGACACAGUAAGUGCCAUGGGCCUGAGGCCACGGGCACACAUGUAUGAAUGAAGGAUAUAAUAUUUAGGAGCCACAGUGCCUAUAGGAAUUAGGGUGGGGCUUACCUGAGACUGACAGGAAAAGAGGAAGGAGAGUUACCUGAAAAGAUAUUGAAACGCAGGUGUCCCCCCUAAUUUGAUUGCAGGAGAGAUGGGUAUCUCUUGAGGGUCUUCAAGCAGGGAAGGGAAGGGAUCUGACUGGGAUGUGGGUAUCUCAGAGCUGGUAACGAUCCCCUUCCAGGUAUCAGUGGCUUCCCAGGGAUGGUGAGUGGUGCCUAAGAUAGCAAGAGCAGCCGGGAGAAGUACACGUGCUAGCCUUCGUGGCCUUUGUGGAGGGAGACCGAGGCCUUGGAGUUGGGGGCCACAUCAUCACAUUGACAAGAUGGUGGAAAAGAGCUGUUCUGGGCCAAGCUCACCCAGGGCCCAGCAGCCAGUCCCAACCAGCUGUGUGCAUGGAAGCAGGCUCCAAUACCCAAUCACACCUCAGUUUCUUCCAUCAAAAGAAGACAGAUAAUGCUCACGUCACGGUUAGGUGUGACUCUGAAGGGAGGUGAUGCAGCUAAUUUGUAACUGGCCUAGUGCUUGAGAUCUUCUUGAGCAAACACAGUCUUCUCUUCUUCUUCUUCCUCCUUCCCUUCCUCCUCCUCUUCCUCCCCUUCUUCUUCCUCUUCCCUUCUUCCUCCUCUUCUUCCUCUUCCUCUUCCUCCUUCCCUUCCUCCUCCUCUUCCUCCCCUUCUUCUUCCUCCUCCUCUUCCUCCCCUUCUUCCUCUUCCUCUUCCUCCUUCCCUUCCUCCUCCUCUUCCUCCCCUUCUUCCUCUUCCUCUUCCUCCUUCCCUUCCUCCUCCUCUUUCUCCCCUUCUUCCUCUUCCCUUCUUCCUCCUCUUCCUCCUCCUCUUCAUCUACUUCCUUCUCCUCUUACUCCUCUUUUCCUUCUCUUCCUCCUCUUCUUCCUCCUCUUCUUCUCCCUCCUCUCCCUCCCCCCUCCUCCUCAUUCCCUUCCUCUCUAUCCUCCUCUGCCUCCUUUUUUCCUCCCCUUCUUCCUCUCCAAUUCUCUUUUCCGUUUACACACUCCUCCUCCCUCUCUUCCUUUCUUCAUUCACUCACUCUUCCUCAUCCUCUCCAUCCUCUUCUUCCUCCUCUCCUUCCUCCUUUCAUAGAACUCCUGGGGUGAAUACAGGCAGCUGACUCAGGCACUAGGCACUCAGACACACACCACCGAAGAGCAAACAACAGGGGCUUGUGGGAAGCAGAGCGUGCUUCAGUGGUGUGCACCUCCGAUCUGUGUCACAGCUGUAGCUCGGUUCUGUAUCAACUCGGAAAGUGCUAAGGACCGGCAACCGCAUUUCAUAAUAAAUGUAUCCCUUGUUCCCCGUGGCUUCUCUUGCCCGUUGUGCAAAAGCAGGGGCGGCCCUGUGUGUGUAAACACUGAAUAACUGUCUGGUAAGGACGCUGGCUCCUGUGGAGACUCCUAGACCCUCUAGCUAAGCGAGAUCAGGAAUACGGUGUGGAAGUUGGCGACUGGCAGGGAAGGGGUGGAGGAGUCUCACGUCGGACCCUUGAGGUUUGGCAUCUACAUACCUGCUCUCUGGGAGCCUUGCUGGCAUAGCCCUAGAUGCUCCCAGCUCCCCAGGACUUAUCAGGCUUCCUGGUCAUCCACUAGGGAUCUGUUACUUGUCCCCCAGGGUCCAGCACUGCAAUGUUUGGGCAUUGUUGAGCUACAGACUGUUUCCUGGCUAAGACUUCUUCGCUCUUUAAUUGUCACCUCCAGGUAAGAGCUUGAGAGAAGAGAGACAGGUCUCUGUCCACGUCUAUCAUGAGUUGGAGAUGCUGAGGUCCUAAGAGGUGUUUACUCCCUUAAGACCCAGCGUAACCACUGCCAUUCAAAGUUGCUCUGGAUUAGGAAGGUUCUGGAGCUAGAGUCUUGAAGCAAACUGACAAAGGGCCUGGCUUCAUGGAGCUUAGCUCCAGUGUGAAGACCGGAAGGCCAUCCAUCCCGUGCGGUGAAGCCAUGGAGCUUACAGAGAAGUAAACCAAGAAUACAUGAGGGGUUGGGCAUAAUGGGGAGAAUAUGGCUCCCUGCAUGGAUGGGGUGCUGACACUGGGUCUAGACUGAAGUAGCCAUUGGAGAGAUGCAUCUGGAUGGGGGAGACGGUGCCAGGCACAACACAAAGUCCAGGGCUAGGAUCUUUCUUGGACCAAGAGGCAGGGCCAGCAUGGAGGGGCAGAUGAAUUGCAGAGUUGAGCCGGAGUCCCUCCUGAGACGGAGGCUUUGGAGGACAUGGGAGAGGAGGAAUGACCUGAAACACUCAAGGUCAUUGUCCCUGACUUGCUGUUCACCGAGCAUCAGCGUCAGAAGCAGGUUGACCCCCUGGGAGACUCCAGUGACAUCAGAUGGGUCAAAAGCCUCUGGAGAUUUGGACCAGAUGAAUAGGGAAGGAGACCGAGUCUCAUCCAACAGAAGAACGCAGGACCACAGACAGACAAGGAGGGAUGAAUGAAGAGAAGGCUGCAGUGUACGCUCUCUGUGGAGAAUGGGUUGUUUGUAUUUUAUUAAUGUGUUCUUUGAGUCUCUGUUUUAUUUCUCUCCUCUGUUUACUUAUGAGGAGAGUGUGCUGGCAAUGGCCAUUUUGUAGUUCUCAGAGUCUGCACGGGAGAAAGGACAGAGUGGUGUUUGCAGCAUCUCUUCUAGACUUGGCUGUGCAGGGAAGGGUACCAUCCUUCUCCAAGUGCAUUUCCUAGGGUCCUGGAACAGCAUUCUCGUCUGCCUGCUCCUGCCAAGUCAGAGGGUAGAGCACUGAAACAUAGGCAGGUCUCGGAGUCAGUCUGGCAAGGGCUCCGUUCUCCACCCUGCACGACAUCUUGGCUGUACCACUUGGGGGACCCUUGCUUCCCAGAGUUUAGUUUCCUCAUUAGCAUCACAGACUGAAUGAAAUGAUUCAUCUCACUGGGAUUUUAUGAGCAUUAAUUGAGAUUAAUCAGAUCAUAUGCUUAACAGAGAGCCCCGUACAUAGUGGUCAAUAAAUUUGAACCAUAACAUUAACAAGGUAAUGAUCUGACCCAGGCCUUGAUUUCUCUAUUGGCAGGAGGAGGAUAGUACAGCCUCCCUCUUGGGAUUGUAAUAAAGUAGUAAUAUUAACAAGGUACUCGGAACACCGCUUUAUACAUAGUAAGCACCCAAUAAAUGUUCAAGCAUUCGAACUACCACGGUGGACAGACGUCAUAUGUCCUGUUUCUUCAGUGUGUGUAAGACACAACACACAGUUGUUACACAGUAUCUUUUGUUUGCAAAAUGAAUGACUGACUUUGCGAUUAGGAAGGACAAAGGUUAUAGACUGCUAGCUCAAACAUUUGUCACCUUAUCCGAAACUUCCCAAAGGAGGAUCCUUCACACAUGUUGGUUGGGGUUUCCUAAACUAUGGUUGUGAUGUUGGUUUUAAAUAUCAACUUGCUACAACUGAGACUCAACUAAGACACCCUCAGCUGAGGAAUUGUCUAGAUCAUGUUGGCCUGCGGGCCUGUCUGUGAGGGAUUUUUCUUGACUAUUGACAUGGGAAGACCCAGACAGUUUUUGGGCGGCGCCAUCCCCUGGGCAGAGCUCCUAAACUAUACAGGAUAGGAGAGAACUAGACGAAAGCAAGCAGGCAGCAUGGGAGCAUUUGCUUCUCUCUGCUUUCUGUUAAGAGUGUGGUGUGACUAGUUGUCUCAAACUCUUGCUGCUAUAACUUCAAUGAAGGGAGAGACUCUGGCCAAGAAUUAGAAGUCAAAUACACCAAAACAGCCCAACUGCUUUGGCCCAGGCUGUUUCAUCACAGCAACAGAGAUACAGCUAGGACAAUAAUGGAGGACGUAGCCCAUUACUGACCAUGAUUUAACCCACAGUUGUCCUGCCUUGGGGUAGCAUAUCAUGUGGUGGUUGUUUUAAGGUCACUAAGAAAGCAUUCCUGUCUCAAUGACCCCUCCAACGCCCAUUCCAUGUAAAAGAAAGACCCCACUUUGAAAUUCCCCUGUCUUUAAUACCUCCCCCCUCCCUGCUUAUCAGGAAGAGUAGACCUAGGAUUUAGCAAGAAGCAGCUCACAGUGAAGAUACGACAUUAUAAUCUGAGGUUUUCAGUGUCCGGUGGCCACCAAUUGGUGACAAUCACUACCAACUUGCAUUGACCGUGACUGGCAAAUGACACAACCCUCCUGCUUUAAAGGGGGAUUAUUUAAGUUUAAAGGGUAUUGUUCCAACAAAGCAUAAAAAGAAGUCCACACCCGUAGGUCGCUAGGAGAGAAUGCCAUCAGUGUCAGGGUGUGGGCAGAACGCAGGCCUCUGGUUCCAGCUGUGAGGAAGGGGUGCCAAGUCACAGCCCAGUCCAGGGACUGCCAGAAAGCUUCCAAUAAAACUUCAAAACCGUUUGGAAAACGGAAGGAACCCCCCACCCCACCCCCGGAUAUCAGGAAGAAACUUGAGAACAGCUUGGCUCUUCCAGGGAGCUUUGAAAGUAUGGAGGGUCUGGCAUCUGGAACAGAGCAAAGUUCUCAACUUUUCUUAGGACUGGUCUUCACAUGGAGGCCUGGCGAGCAUGCAGGUUUUCAGACUCCCAGGUCAGAGUUCGGGAAUUCUGAUGGCUUGGGAUGGGACAGGAGGAUGCCUUGGGUCUAGGAGACCUCAUGGGACACAUACACUAUGUCUUUGAACUACAGGGUAGAGUAUAUGCGUGAAUAUGUGUAAUACAUUAUCUGAUCACUAUAGACAUGCACUAUAUGUUACUGUAAUAUAUAUUAUUUUAGACAUUUAUGAAUAUAAUAUGUAAAUAUAUUAUCACUGUGCUCCAUAAUAAAAACACAAUAUGUAUAUAAAGUAUACAUAUAAAAAUUCUCUUAUCCUUCUUUCCCCUGUGUACAUAUGUAUAUAUGCAUAUGUGUAUGUAUAUGUGUUUGUGUGUUUGCGUAUGUGUAUGUAUAUAUAUAUAUACGUGUGUUUGUGUGUGUAUGUGUGUAUAUAUACAUGUGUGUAUGUGUGUAUAUAUGUGUGUGUGUAUGUGUGUUUUGUGUGUGUUUGUGUGUUUAUGUGUAUGUAUACAUGUGUGCAUGUGUGUAUGUAUGUCUAAGUGUGUGUGUGUGUGUGUGUGAGUGUGUGUGUGUGUGUGUGUGUGUGUGUGUAGUAGCAGUAAUAGUUGUCUCUCCCUUACUCCCUUGGUGAUAUAUAAAUUCUGUUUUUAAACACUGUUUUAACAGGCAAAUAUACCAUCUAUGUAGACUGUUUUCCUGGCCACAGGACCAAACAUCAUCACCCAGAGAACAACUCAGUUAACAUGAGUGGAGAGUGAAGCUAUCCACUCAUGUACAGCUAGCUCAGUGGUGGGGUGCUGGUCUAGCUUUGGAUAAGACCCCAGAAUCCAUCUUCAGAAUCAUAUGGGACCGUACACCCACACACGCGCGUGCAGGCACAGGGCAGGGGCAGUAGAAAGGGCUAAUGGUCUGCUAGCCAUCUGAAUACCAAAUGAGAAAAGAAACCUUCUGUUCAUGGACCAAUUUCUGUCCCUUUUUAAGCGUUUGAGACAACUUUCUUGUGGCUGCCGUUUAUGUAUUUCCUUACACUUUCUUUAUUCCUCUUUGGAUCACUUGCCAGUUCUCCAUCUUCCUUCCCAGCAACUAAACUUAUAAUAUAUAAUUGUAUAUAAUGUAUAAUAUACAUUUAUAAUAUAUAAUUGUAAGUCAUAAUUCCUAGCACCCAUUAGCAAAAGUAAUACAGUCUGUGGUGAUGAUGAUGGUGGUGGUGGUGGUGUUAGUGGUAAUGAACCUGACAUUGGGUAUAUUUGUCAUUGCCACAGGAGCUUUCUGUGACACUGGUGACAUUAAGGCACCAUUCCCUGAUAUCUAAACGAGAGGAAGGGAGAUCAGUUGCUACCGGUCUCUCCCUGAGUACUGACGAUGUCUGGUGACUCACGUGCGGUCUCUUCAGUACGAGGGUCUAGGAGCUGAUGCUCUUGGAUGCCCACCCGUUAGGUAGAUGUGGGAGUCAGCUGCUGCCAUUACAGGCAGCUUGCCCAAGACCACUGAACUUUCAGACAAGUUAGGAGCCCACCCUCUGUGGGAGAGCCCAGGUGCCCAGACUCUGCUCUCCUCAAAACUCAUAAACAUUCAUGGUCCAGUUACACGAAUGGCGAUAAAGGAUGCGAAAUUUACCAAAAUUUACUCUUUUCCUUGAGUUAAAGUCAGUCAAGUGUAAAGUCCUUUGGAGGAAAACUAGUGAAAAAUAAUUUUGCUUCUAAAUAUAUCCCAUAUUGAACCCGGAACAGUUUACAAAGAGAUUUAAGAGGACGUUUCAGAGCCUGCUCUGGAUUCUGAACAGAUAGCUCCGUGAGCAAGAUGCUUGCUAUACAAGCAGGAAGACCUGGGCUCACUCCCCAGUAGCCAUUUAAAAAGCCAGGCAUAGAAACGCACGCGCAUGCGUGGAACUCCAGAGUUCGGGAGGUGGAAACAGCCUGUGACAUCCGCAAUCUCCGGGUUCGAGUGAGAGGCCAUGUCUCAAAACACAAACAGGACAGUACCCCAGAAAUGCCCCUGAAGUCAUAUGUGCAUGUUUGCCACCAUCCAAACACUUGGACCCAUGAGCACAUAUGUCCUUGCACAUACAUAUACACAGAAUAAUGAUGAAAAUACCUUCCAUUUUCUAUAAUGAACAUUGUCGGUCUACUGAGGUCUAAUUAACAGAAAAGUGGAAAAACCCAUGAACCAGUCUGUCUGAAUCUGUCACAGAGAUCAUUGUCCCCCAGCGACAAUGCCUCUGAAGUGUCCCAAAGUGAGGUGCUUCUCAGCUGCCCCUCGUGAGUCUCUGACAGGCCCCAUGGCUGUUCCUGACCAUCAAAAAAUAUAGAUCCCACGCAACGACACAUCUUUGUUGUUUAUUUUGCAAAUGAUGAGGUGCAACACGACCCUUACACUUCCCUGUAAGUAUUUAAUAGUGGGUGCCAUUUAAAGAAGUACUGGGAGUCUGUCCUCUCACAGGGACCGAGGACACUGCUUAGAGCAGAAGUCACACGGGAUCUCUUUUACCAAUCAGCAAUUGGUUGUAGUUUGAUUGUUCAAGAUGAGGAUUUCGGUUGAUUUUGUUCGUUUACAAUGUAUCUGAAUUUGUGUUGUCAUGGCCCCGUCAUUUGAAAACAUUGUAACAGUUUCCAUGUGGCCAGGCAUCUAGGCAUGGGAUUUGGGGUUAUAAACUGGGUGCAAUUCACCAGCUUGUUUUACCAUUCUUUUUUUUUUUUUUUUGGUUCUUUUUUUCGGAGCUGGGGACCGAACCCAGGGCCUUGCGCUUCCUAGGCAAGCGCUCUACCACUGAGCUAAAUCCCCAACCCCUUGUUUUACCAUUCUUUACACUAACUCUUCCCACACAGGCAUUAAGCAGCAAUCGUCCACGGGAUGGAAUACAACAGAGAAAGAAUUCUCCCCAAUUAGAUGAUGUCAUGCAGGGUCCCUCACACUUGAAACCCCAGCUCUUCAGAGACAUAGGCAGAAGGAUUACCAAGUCUUGGAAGGCAGCCUAGGCUAUAUCAUAGUCUAGCCUGAGCAAACAACACAGAACUAAGAUAGGAUAAUUCACAUGUUAACACAUGUAUAAAGGCCUGAAACGUUGACUGACACUGAGUUCUCUCUGAGUGCCAGCCUGAGUGAGCAUCUGUGACCUUGCCACCCAGCAGCAAUGGUGCCUAAUGACCCUUCGGCAAAUAUGGUUCUUGCCUCCCAGUUUUCAGGCACCGUUAAGAAUUUGGUGUGGGUGUUUUCCAUUAUUGAUCAGUGUGUGUGUGUGUGUGUGUGUGUGUGUGUGUGUGUGUGUGUGUGUGUCUAGAUUGGAACAUUGUUUCUGUGUGUAUGUUUAAAAAAUUUUAGUGUCAAUAGCUUCACAUACAAUUCUGCAAAUUUUUUUGACCCUAUCUUUGGGAAUCUACCACAAACAAGGAGAGAGAGAGAGAGAGAGAGAGAGAGAGAGAGAGAGAGAGAGAUCCUAUCUGCAGAUCGUACUGUGUUUCAUCAUAAGAAUGCAUAUUUUAUUAGUUUAUCAGCUCCUCUGUAAAUAGAUACUUAGCAUGUUUUAUAUUUUUCACCCUCACACACACACAAUCCUUUAUUGAGUAUACUUAGAAUUUUUUAUAAUUGUCACAUAAGUAAUUUAUGUAGAGAAAAAGAGCUGUGAGAUUUUUUACCAAAUUUAACAAGGGAAUCAGUUGAGAAAAAUAAAUGUUAUUGAAACAUCUACUGUUUCCAACUCUGCCUGUCUCCUCAUGCCCUCAGAGAUGGGCACAGCUCUCCAGCCAAAAUAUGCCUAGUAGGCGCCUGCUAAAUUCUACUUAAAGCAAGUGAACUGGAUCCCAAUGUACCUCAACACACCGUAUCAGAAUCCCAAACAAGAUGGUGAAUAUAAGGACAACCUGGGCUACAUGACAAGACAACCUGGGCUACAUGACAAGGCCAACCUGGGCUACAUGUCAGGGCCAACCUGGGCUACAUGUCAGGGCCAACCUGGGCUAUAUGACAAGACUCUAAACAGAAAAAGAAAAUAUUCAGCAAGAAGUGAAUCAGCUAGCAAUAGUUCAGAUUCCAUGUUCAUCCAGAAAAAUGUUAAUACCCUCCUUGAGGUGGGACAGGGCAUGGAGACAAAGACAAAGAAGGAACUGGUACAUUAAAAGCAAUGGCUUCUUCUUGGAGUUUGGAAGAGUUGACCUGAGCCAUUGAGCCCAUGGCUUCUUCAGCCUCUCCCGAGGUACCAAUACUUCCAGAAUGAGUGGAGACAGGAGCUCUGGAUUGUGUUCAGGUCACAGGCAACUGAUGAAGAGCGGUCUUGCAGUUUAGCAUCGGAAGUGGCCAAAUUCAGCUGACAUCAGUUUAGGACAAAAACCAGGCUUGGCUUGGAUUGGAAGUAGAAACAACAGCCACAUGUGGUGGUCCAUCCUAGAAUCGAAGCUCAUGAGGUAGGGACAGAAGGACUCAGAGUUACAGGAGAGUCAUACAGUGCCUUGGAGGCCAGCCUGGCUACAUGACACUGUGUGUGUGUGUGUGUGUGUGUGUGUGUGUGUGUGUGUGUCUGUGUCUGUGUCUGUGUGUAUGUGUGUGUCUGUGUGUGUGUAUAUGUGUGUAUGUGUGUGUAUGUAUGUGUGUAUGUAUGUGUGUAUAUGUGUGUGUAUAUGUGUGUGUAUGUGUGUGUAUGUGUGUGUAUGUAUGUGUGUGUAUGUAUGUGUGUGUAUGUGUGUGUAUGUAUGUGUGAGUAUGUAUGUGUGUGUAUGUGUGUGUAUGUGCGUGCAUGUGUGUGUAUGUGUGUGUAUGUGUGUAUGUGUGUAUGUGUGUGUAUGUAUAUGUGUAUAUGUGUGUGUCUGUGUAUGUGUGUGUAUGUGUGUGUAUGUGUAUGUAUGUGUAUGUGUGUGUAUGUGUGUGUAUGUGUGUGUAUAUGUGUGUGUGUGUGUUGAUGAGGAAAUGUGCUUGCCACCAUACCGACCUGAGCUUGAUCCUGAAGAUUUGAAAAAAUGAGACAAUAAACUCCCAAACAUUUUCCUUUGAUCUUUACUCAUAUUUCAUGGCAUAUGAGCACACACAAACAUACACACACACACACACACACACACACACACACACACAAAAUAACGGGGCAGGGAAAGGAAAAGAAAUAGCAUACAACCAGGGCUGGAAAGACUUGUGUGACUCUAGAUGGUUGCUGUGGUUUGAGCCAGCAUCGUCCUUAGAAUAGGUCAGAGUGCGCAUGGGUGCUCUCAGGCACUUGGGCUGGGUGUCAUCCUCUGCUCCCUAUAGUACGACUUGGGCUGCUGUAUGUCCUUGUCUGUAUGUCCUUGUGGGGAAGCUCUGUGUCAUGUGAGUACUUGCUUGUUCGCUCGUUUAUUUACUUGGUGGGUGUGUUCGUGGGAUGCAUUUGUGUUUGUUUGUAUACAUACAUGGGCUUAUGCAUACAUAUGCACAUGUGCCAGCGCACACACCCGUGUGUACAUGUGGAGGUCAGAGUUUGAUUUUCAGUCUUGUUCUCUAUCGGUUUUCAGGGUUUUUGUUUUGAGCCAGCAUCUCUCACUGAACCUGGAGCUCACAGAAUGGCCGGGCAGGCUGGCCAGUGAGCCCCGGGAGCUCCUUACAGCCACACAUUGCCCUGCCCAUCCUUUGAAGCAGUUCUUGAGCUCUGAACCCGGGUUCCCAAGCUUAUGCAGCAAGCACUUUUCCCACAGAACCAUCUGCCCAGUCCCGACCUGAGCCUUUUUUAUUGUCAAGAUUUGUAUUCGUAGAACACACAAAGCAUGCGAUUCAGUUGUCACUGACUUACCAAUGGAAGCAGGACUGAGCUCUCCUGGUCGUUCCUCAGUGAUUAUGAAGCCAUGGCCAUAGUGCGCCCCCCUGCUGGGGCAUGCUCUGUCUCCAGGUAACAACCCUGCAGUGAAAAGAAAAUAGAAACAUAGUUAUGCAUGCUCCUCUGUUGGAGAAGCCAGUUCUUGGUGGGAAAUGUGCAUGAGCCAAAGAGUUCUAAAACAUGUCCUCCAAACUGAUUUCUGUCUCCUUGUCUAUAUUCCUCAGUGGACUCUGUGUUGCACUAUGUCGAAAGUCUGAUCAUCGAAUCCAGGCACCAUUUCAUUGGCAAUACCUGGAACAUGGGGGUUUUGAUCAAAUACAUGAUUGAUGAGUGAGUGAGUGAGUGGGUGGGUGGGUGAGUGAGUGAGUGAGUGAGUGAGUGUCCAUCCCAUUUGGAGUCUUUGGAACAUUCAUCUCUUGCUCCCUGACUGUGCUCACCAGGCUGACUAAGGCAAGUUCUUAGUAAAUGUUAUUGACAGAUGACUGUGCACACUGCAUGCACACACACACACACUCACACACAAACACAUACCACACACACACACUCUCACACACAAUCACACACACUCAUACCACACACACACUCACACACACUCAUACCACACAUACACUCACACAAACACACACACCACACACACACUCACACUCACACACACACUCAUACCACACACUCAUACCACACACACUCUCACACACACUCUCACACACACACACUCACACACACUCACACACUCACACACUCAUACCACACACUCAUACCACACACACACUCUCACACACACUCACACCACACAUACACUCACACACAAACACACACACCAUACACACACACUCACACACAAACACAUACCACACACACACACUCUCACACACAAUCACACACACACUCACAUACCACACUCACACACACUCACACCACACAUACUCACACACACAUUCCCUUAUCUCAGAAGCAGGCCAGAGAUCCAAGGAACACAUUUCCCCAGUGGGGCUUUCAUUCUUCCUCAUGGGUCUCACAGGAGCACCCCAACUGCUGUCCCUUUGGUUUAAUUAUUGAUCUUGGGGAUCGAUGUAUCAGGCUUUCUGUUUGCUGUCGGACGUCAGCCUCAGAUGGAGACAUAAAGAAGGAAGGGGGACAUCUCUGUAGUCUCAGUGCAGAAAUUUCCUCCAAGAUGUCAGCUUUUUUUUUUUCUUUAAGAGAGGGGACUGGAAGGAGAAAAAGUUUGGGGAACUGAGUUUUCCAAGCACAUACACCGACAGGAUUGCUGCUGUGCUCAUAAAUGUUUAAUCAGUUUGAUCAUCCUGUGAGUAAGGUUAAACAAAUGUGAGUCCUUUGAGGAAUUAUUUACUGGAAGCAAAGUUACAGCAUUAACAUCUGUGUUUCCAAUCACUUAGAUGAGGAAUACGUCAAAUAAAUCACAGGCAAGACCCACAAAACAACCUCUGUAUUAUCAUCUCCGGAGAAGAAGGCAAAACCCUCUCUCUCUCUCUCUCUCUCUCUCUCUCUCUCUCUCUCUCUCUCCCCCCACUUCAUUAUCAAUAACGAAUAAGCCUUCAGUUCCCUUUUUGAUUAUUUUUGUGGGCAGUUGCUGUAAAAACAUCCACAACAGAAGGGCUUGACAAAUUUCUCUUGGGGAGCCUGGUUGUUUGAGCUGACAUUCUCAUUUGGGAAUAGACUAACGGCCCCAAUAUAUAAUGUCCAUAGAAUGUAGCCUCAUAAAUUUGUUUUUUCACGGUGAUGUAAUGGGAAGAGUGACCUGGAGUUUGCAAGUGUUCCCUGCUUUGUGUGCUCCCCGGGGCAGCAUAACAUUGUAGGCAGUGUUUUAUAUACUCUAAUUAAAAUAUAAGGUAUUCUCGCAUUUCCUGUGGCCUGACCAGAAGCAGGGCACCGAGAUGCUUUCAAACCCAGAACAGUGUGCGUCGCUGAGCUUUUCCAUUUGAGUUUUUUCCCUUUCUUUUAAAAAGAUGCCAAUAUGAUUCUUCAUUUUAGACCUUGGGCCUAGAGCCUCCACAGAGACCUCCACACAGGGUUAGAUGUGGAAGUCCAGUUAUGCCUCAACCAAUGAGACAAUUAUGAAUGUUUGUGGGCACCACUUGAUUUUUUUAAUGGGCAUGUGUGUGACACAUGCAUUUGUGGUGCACACACAUGCGUGGGUGUGGGAUCUCCCAUUCAGAGCCCAAAGGGAGACCUCCCACACCUUUGUCUAUUGUCCUCCAUCUUGUAUUUUGAAAUAGGUUCUCUCACUGAGCCUGGAGCUCUCAUUAGUUUGGCUAAGGUUCCUGGCCAGGAAGUACUUGUCUCUGUUGGCCAAUCCUGGUUUUACCGGCAUGCUUCUCCAUGCCUGGAUUUGAUGUGGGGGCUGGGGAUUUGAACUCAAGUACUCUUGCUUUCACUGCAAGCCUUCUUCCCCACCGAGUCAUGUUCUCAGCCCUGUAGUUUUAAUUGCACGCACAUACCAUAAGCAUGUAAUGGAGAAAGUGAAUUGGGAGAGUGGAUGGAGAGUCCUUUCCUCCCCCUCAAUAACACAGUAGCAAUGAGAACAUACAACUUUAUUAAGAGAAAAUAUUUUAAUAAAAAUGAGGAGAAAGACUGUCUACAGUUUCCUUGAUCAGGAAAAUAAUAGCGGCGACACAUCGUGAACUUAGCAAAGCAAUUUGUGGAUUGAGGUGUUUUUAUUUUCUAUGAGGGAGAAACACAUGGUAAGAAUAAAAGACCCCUGACUUCCAGAAGCACAGAGCAAAGACUGUGGUCUGAGAGCUGAAACUUGCCAGAGGAAAGCAGGUACUGAGUAGAGAUCUUCUGGGGGUGUGAACCCCAUUCACAGGAAAAAAAAACAACCAACCAAACAAACAAGCAAACAAAAAAACAAGUGGGAGCUUCAAGUAGGAAGGAAGGAUGGAUGUCGCCAAGAGAUUCCUGGGAGACAGGUUCCCCUAAGACACCACGGCUAAUUCUAGUCUUCCUUUUAUUAUGCCAACAGAGGGUUCGUAAUUUCUGUUGUUUGCAGGACCCUGUGCUAUGUGCCAAGACUACAAGAGAUAGAAAAACCCAGAGUUUGGCAUUGGAGCACACAGGAAAAAAGCCAGUCACCCAGGAAGGGCUCAUGGAACAAUAGGUAGACACAUGGAUGGAUGAUGGAUGGGUGGAUGGAUGGAUGAAUGGGUAGAUGAUGGAUUGAUGGGUAAUGAUAGAUGGAUAGACGAUGGGUGGGUGGAUGGGCAGAUGUUGAGUGAUGGAUAGGUAGCUGAAGACUCAUGGCUCACUAGGAACCUGAGUGUGUGUGUGUGUCUGUGUGUGUGUGUCUUUGUGUGUCUGUGUGUGUGUGUCUGUAUGUGUGUGUGUGUGUCUGUGUUUGAGUGAAAGAGUCAUACAUAUGUGUAUCCUCAGAAGGUAGAGGGAGUUGGGUCUCCCAGAGAAGCAGAUAAGGGAGUUUGGCUGCUGGGAACUGAACUUAGAUCCUGUUAGAGAGCAACAAGCGCUCCGGCCCAGCAUUGAUUCCUUAACUUUACAACAUCCCCAGUGUGACCUGAGCUCAUUGUGGGACUUACGCCUAUAGUGGCUGUCUGUCCUGUGUGGAAUGCAGCUUGCUGCAAAAGAAACACUCAGUACAUGGAGUGGUAGUGGUAGGUUUGUUUGAGAGCCUAUAACACUUCUAUAAAGUGUUAGCGAUGUUGGAGCCUCGUGGUGUAGGCCUACAAUCCCAGAGACCGAGGCCGGAGGAUUUCAAAUCUGAAGUCUAUGUGGGGUCGAGAGUUCAAUAUAGCCUGGGAAAAAAAUUAAUGAGACCCUGUCUCAAAGGAAAAAAGUAAGAAGAAGGUCAGGGGAACGGCAAUGGUGGAGUGUUUGCCUGGCAUGCAUGAGGCCCCAGGUUCAGUCUCUACACACACACACACACACACACACACACACACACACACACACACACACACACACACAAAAUGUAUUUUAACUUAAAUUGGAGUUAAAUGUGUGCCAGUGUGAGCCACCAGGAACAAAGGGCCACACUCUAGGGCCAGCUGAUCAUUGUCCCUUCCUUUUCGGGGUCAAAAGCUCAUUCCCAGUUUCCUUUGAGGUUUUGAUUUAUUUAUUAAUUAAGCAAACUGAGACUUGUCAUGCCUGAAACAAUAAAGAUGCUGCCUGGCUUAAAACGUGUUUCUGUGUGUCGAGAAUGAAGGACGGGGCAGGACUGAGUGGGAGUAAAAUGGCUGUGUCAGUGAGCUGGUGGGGCAGCAUCCCUUCCUGCUUCCUGGGGCUGAGGAAGGUGACGGGGAAGUUGUGUGGGGGUUGUGCCAGUUUGGGGAUAUGCUGAGAAUCCCCGGGGUGGAUGGCGAUGAACUUUCUAUGAAAGGUUGACACGGGGACACAGAUUGUGCAUUCGGGAGUACAGGUCCCUUUGACUGAGGCUGAUUCUGCUGCCCCGUGGGACUUAGAGGAAAGGGCUUGAUCUCGUGUGCAUGGGACACUGUUCCUGCAACACGCAUGGCUUCCAGGUUCAGCCCCUGGCUGCUAUUGAUUUAAUCCUGCACAUAUAGAAUGUUGUGUGGAAGCCAUUGCUGGCAGUAGCUCUUGGCUUAAUGUGUUACACAAGCUGCCGGAAAUGGCAAUUCUGCCUAACAGGAACUACCUUUGAUUUAAAGCUGCAGAGGUGAGUAACCAGGCUGCAUGUACAACCUCCGUCUGGGGACAUUUGUCAAGAGCAGCUGGGAUUGCUUAUAGCACCGUGUUUCUUGAGCCCAUCCUUGUCACCGAGGUGGUCUUAAAAAGUCAUCUGUUGACCCUUGGGAAGUGGAGCAAAGGCACAAGAUAAGCAGCUGCCUGCCUGCUCCAUGAUCUACUGUGUCAGGGAGCCGCGCCGACGUUUCCCCGUGAACUCGGCAGUGCCCUGCUGCCUUGCUUCUUACGGGUCACCUCUGCAGACACUCCCAACCCCAGCAAUGCUCCAUUUUCCCGUGUGCACUGCAAGCCUAAGAUGUCUCAUCCAGGUCUGUCAAGGCCAGCCACAAAAGCAAGUCAGUCUCUGCGUCAUCCUUUAAGGAUUGAAUUGGGCACGAGUUAGUGUUUGUAAGGUGUCAGGACAAUCCUGCCUGUGGCUACUACUGCACCUCAGUAGUGUGUGUGUGUGUGUGUGUGUGUGUGUGUGUGUGUGUGUGUCUGUGUGUGUGUGUCUGUGUCUGUGUCUGUGUCUGUGUCUGUGUCUGUGUGUGGUGUGUGUGUGUUUGUGUGUGUGUCUGUGUGUGUAUGUAUUUGUGUGUGUGUAUAUGUGUGGUGUGUGUGUGUUUGUGUGUGUGUGUUUGUGUGUGUGUGUCUGUGUGUGUAUGUGUUUGUGUGUGUGUGUAUAUGUGUGGUGUGUGUGUUUGUGUGUGUGUGUUUGUGUGUGUGUGUCUGUGUGUAUAUGUGUUUGUGUGUGUAUAUGUGUGUGAGUUUGUGUGUUUGUAUGUUUGUGUGUGGUGUGUGUGUGUGAGAAUGUGUGUGUGUGUUGGUGUGUAUAUGUGUGUAUGAGUAUGUGUGUAUGUGUGUGAAUGCAUGUGUUUGUGUGUGUGGGGUGUGUAUGCCUAUGUAUCUGUGUGUGUGUGUGCCUGUGUAUCUGUGUGUGUGUGUGUGUGUGUGUGUGUGUGUGUGUAUUUUUAGUGAACUUAGCCUCAUUUAAAAAUAAAUGCAUAAGAACUGGCAAAAGGGCUCAACAGGUAAAGGUGCUUGUCACCAAGACUGACCUCCAGAGUUUGAUCUCUGAAAAACACAGAACUGGUUUCUUCCCCAAGUUACCCAGUCAUCCGCAUGUGUAUUGUGGCAUGCACAUAUGUGUACUGUGGCAUGCAUACAUAUGUGCUGUGGCAUGCACACAUGGUGAAAUAACAACACUAAGGUGUUUUUUAAAGCUUUUUUAAAAAUAAAUAUACAGGUGAACCAACAGCCUCCCAGAAUUUCCGUUUGGCACAAGGAAGCUCUUGAAGGUAAUGUCAGGUAGAAUUGGGCCAUUAGGAUAGGGCGGCAUCUUCUGCUGAGUUUUAGUGGUUGUCAAAGAACUCCCCAGCUCCGCAGGGAUGACAUUAGUCGAUGAGAACUGUGAAAUGGGUUCAUAGAGGGCUGAUAGAUCUUAAGAAAACCCCUUGCCUAACACCCAGCUCCCCUCCUUCUAAGCAGAGAGAGAUGUCUACAAACCCUGUCCCCAAGCUUGGUCCAGGGCCCCUUGGAGCUCAACAGACAUGCAGACUUCAGACGCAACCAGAUAUACUGACCCAGAAUCUGCAGUUUAAUGUGUUGCCCAAGUGUCUGACAGGAUCGUUGAGCUCUGAGGAGAGCCAGCUCCCUGUCCACACCCACUACCCUUCUCGCAUAGAGCACUCACAGCAGUGCCCUUGCACCCUGCUUCAUCCAACCGCACUCCGUGCUUGGUCACCAUGUCCUCUGGGCUUGAGUCUCACAUAGGCCUUGGUCUCUUAAAUGGAAAACCACGAGCCCCAGUCCCCUGCUCGUUUUCCAGGUUAAGACUGUGAUCCUCUGCUUUGUGGGUUCCCAUCUGCCCUCAGCGCUCCAUGCAGUAAACUUCCUGAGAACUGAGGUCAUGUCUGGCUCUCUCUUCAACUCCCCAAGGCCCAGGCACAGAGCCUCGCAGAAGGCAGAAGCUUGGCCCACCGUUGUCCAGGAAACAGAUGCAUGUUAGCUAACUCUGUAAAUAGGUGUAUGUUCUGGCUUCUUGACUUCUCCCUUCAGGAAUGUUGGGAAACUUUCGGUUUAUUCAAUGCCAGGUCACAAAGAAAAUCAACGCAGCUUCUACGUAGGAAAAAUGUCCCGCCCAAUGACCUUGAUAUCACUCCAUCCUUAAAGUGGUUUGCAGAUUUUGUAAAUGAACACCGUGAGGCUCUUAGCAAUAAUUUCAGGCCAAUCAACGGGAGACAGGGAAAGGGUGAUGAUGCCACGUCACCCUUUACUGCUACUCCCAAAAUAAGGAAGGUCGUGACCUUGAGCCUUUGUUGGCCUUAGGUUGGCCAUGAACUUGGCUUCCGCAUGGCACCAUGAGCUCUGUUCUUCCAUGAGCACAGGUCUUUACUAAUCACACUUGCUGGGUACUGAGCAUUGCCGUAGAUGUGGGGACACCAGUGAUCAGGGUUCAGCACGUGCUGGCUCUUGUGGGGCAAAAGUGGGGUGGUAGUGUGAGGAGGGAACGGAGAGAGAAGGAAGGGACGAACAGUAAACAAGGGGAAGUAACAGCACAGAGCUUUCCUCUGCCUCUGUGUGCUCGACUUAGUUCCAAGGCCGGAUCCUUGUACAUCCUCUCCUGUCCCCAUUGACUGGUGGGAUCUAUUAUUCACAAAGUGGUCAGGAGCUAGCCUGGGGGUCUGUACCGUUCACUCAGGGAGAGUGGCCCGCUAAAGGGUAGGGAUUGCCCAUUCUGCCGUCACAUUAUGGUCUCUCUCUUGUCAAGGUCUGUGGUUGGAAUCAUGACACAGGCAUGCCUGGGAACACAUGUAUGCACACACAUAUGCACACACAGGUAUGAACACAUGGACACAUGCUCACACAGGCACAUGCAUAUGCAUGAUCCACUUGUCUUUUGAGCAAACUUCCAAAGGCAAGUUUUCAGAGAGGAAAUGGGAAGGUGGCCCAGUGGUUAGUAGUAAAGAGCCACAUCAGGGAGUUUCCAACUGAGGAGUCCGUUAACUCUCGGGGAGCCCCUGGCCAUCAAAGGCCUUUCAUCCCCAUGCAGACUUACACCCUAGGCAUGAUUAAAAUGCUAAAUAAAAAUAAAUCCUUAAAAUGCAUUCCUGAGAAAUAGAAUUCAGCUCGCUUACUUACCAAUCUACUUACCUGUUAAUGUUGAGUCAGGGUCUUGGUGUACAGAACCUUGUCUAGAACUCGCUGUGUUGUCCAGAUUAGCCUUCCGCUUCCUACCUCAGCCUCCCAAGUGCAGGAUUCCAGGCACAGCCCAUUAGCUCUGUCUUUGGUCUGUUUUCCACAGUAACCUCAACGUUGAGUCUGAUGAAUCUAAAGGUAGAGAUGCCCUGGUCUGGGCAUCCCACUAAUAACACGGCCUCUCAUUUGUGGUAUGCUCCCUACGCCAAGUCAGUCAGGUGACCCCUCUCAGGGCAAAGAUGGGUACAGUGAAAGCCAUCGGUCUUUAUUCACUGUCUACACCGCGUGCUAUGCCACGAAGCAUGGGACUCCAUCUUCAAAGUCUGACUAGGAGACGAGCCUUAUUCCCUACUGGGGAUUUCCUUUUGAACAUGUCAGAGAAGUUUCACAUAAACAUCUGCCCUGUCAAUCACAACCCAGAGCUAAAGUCACCUCCCUGUCUGUGUUUGUAUGAUCUAUAGACAAGAAUCACAUGCAUGGCUGGAAAGGUGGUUUAGGGGUUAAAAACAUUUACUGCUCUUGUCCAGGACCUAAGUGUGGUUCCUAACACCCAUGUGAUCAACUCCUAACAGUCUGAAACUCCAACUCUAGGAGAUCUUCCACCCUCUGUGGCCUCUAUAGGUAGGUCCCUGUGCUUGUGCACACACACACACACACACACACACACACACACACACACACACACUUGCCUGCCCACAUACACAUAAUUUUAAAGUUAAUAAACAAGUCGUAUGUACGAUGGUUUUCGUAUUUGAACUGGUGGCUAGAACAUGGAAGCUUGUUGCCUUUCGUGGUCUACAAAUACCCGUGAAACAUCCUUAACGCUGUUCUCCCUCUUGGUCUGUAAAAGCUGGAUGUUUACUAUUUGGAUUUUAAAAAAAAGUUUAUUGGUUUCAAGUUAAUUCUCAACUUGUUUUGAUGAGUCAGAGGCAGAAUAAUUUUAGACGACACAGGCAAGAGUCGUUUGAUAGUUACGCUUUUUGCUGCUUUCCAUGUAAAGCAAAAGGGAAAGUUAUGAUUUUUUCCCCCGCUUUCCGUGUAUUUUAGAAAGAGAAAGCCAAAUAUGUUAAAACUCUGACUUUCAUGAACGUCUGAUGGACGUUCUCACUGAAUUCGGUGUAAAGAAAAAGAUGAAUCCGGUUGAAAUCAAUGUAAAGACAAGCAAAAAAUCACAGACCUGCUAAGGAGACGCAAGGAAAACCACAGAGAUGAUACACAGGCGGUCGAGCAGAAAGCUCACAAAAGAGCCAAGAAAACUAGAGCCCAUCAGAGCCUGAGGUACCCUAAACACAUAAUCCUGAACUUGAGAGGCUGAGACAGGAGGAUUACACGGAGUUUGAGGCCAGUCUGAACGGCAGGAGAGUUGUUGGUGCCCUGGGUAGAAAUAACUAAUUUCUAUCUUCAACAUCUGAGACUAUGGUGCUUAGAACCUUUGUUUCUGAGAACUCUUCAUCGUCUGUAGGUCUCACGCUGUGCUCUGAGUCCCCACAACAUAUCUCAGGAGAGAGUGACUUAAGAUGGGCUCAGCCAGGAUUCCCUGAAGCUUGGGGCCACUGUCUCUCCUGACUAAGAAAAGACAGAUGCCUGUCCCUUCGAUGGGUUCAGAGGCUUGGUAGGUAAAUCUCUUGGGUUCAGUCAGGGUUGGGGAGCUGGGACAGCCAUCUGAUAAUUACCAUUGCUAUUUUGAGACCCAAAUAGCAGAGAUGGAGAAAACGUGGUGAAAACUCACAUUCAAGACAAGUGAACAGAAACAACAGGAUCUGGCUGAACCCCCAGAGGCCAAUGCCUAGGCUGUGUGUGUGUGUGUGUGUGUGUGUGUGUGUGUGUGUGUGUGUGUGUAUGUGUGUGUGUGUGGUGUGCGCUGAUAAUUUUUUAAUACAGACUAUUUUGUCCUUUGUGGUUGAAGCUACCAUUUAUCAAGUGAGACAAACAGGAAAGUCUGUGUUAAUUUUUACAGGAACACAUCAAAGGUACUUUUUGGGCCACAGUCGGGAUGAGUAUCAAUCAAGGAGAAAGGACGGUGUGGUACCCGUGACCCUUCUGAAGGAGUGGUGUUAGCAACUCGGGGCACGGGAAAGGGAUCCUGUUUGGGAGACUAU